CAACAACGAAGCGUUACAGCUCCCGUUAACGACGCCGCCGCCUAAAGAGGAAACAAUACCGUUUAAAAUUCUACCAAUGAAUCCUUCCUUGGCGGAAAGAUUUCAGGAUACGGACCAAAAUAAUGAAGACUACAAGGCCGAUGAUCCCUGCAACUACGACCGAGUCAACCACACACGACCUGAAAGCUCAAGAAAAGGCAAAAGAGUUAGCGAUAUCAAGUGCGAUGAAUACUCGUGGGACUACUGGACAAGAAUUAUUGAAUCUGAUAGGCGUGCGGAAGAGUGCAAGCAGCAGUUGAAAGACCCAUCUACAGUAUUUGGCGGUAUGGAUGCUAAAUAUGGAGACUUUCCACACAUGGGUGCUCUUUUUGGUAUCUCGAAAUCUAAUAAAACAGUGUUCGAGUGUGGCUGCUCGCUUAUCAGUUAUAAGUUCGCGCUAACCGCAGCGCACUGUGUAACAAUUAUGGAAUAUAGACCAUAUCGGAUACGGUUUGGAAAUACAUCAGGGAGUGAGGGUAAGGGGGUUUCGCUGGAUGUGGGCAUUAAAAAUAUUUUUAUACACCCUAACUAUAGUCAACCAUAUAAGUACUAUGAUAUAGCAUUAAUGGAGUUGGAGCGCGAGCUCAAGACUCAGGCGCAUAUUAGACCGGCUUGCGUCUGGAGCGGCGCCGUUGGUAAUAAAUGGGUGGCGAACAUCACUGGAUGGGGAAAAACAACACCAGAAUCAAAUUCGGCGUCAAACAAUCUUAAUUACGCAGAAAUCGAUAUCUGGGAGAAAGGCAGUUGCAACAAAUCAUUAAAAGGCCGACCUAACCGGCUCUGGAAAGAUGGCCUGAAAGACCACCAAUUUUGCGCCGGCAAGCUGGGUGUCGAUACUUGUCAGGGUGACUCAGGAGGACCAAUUGGGAUCAGAAGGCCGUCUAAUUAUGGCGAAUCUGGAUUCAUGCACCACGUGGUUGGAAUCACAAACUUCGGCGUAAAAUGUGGGACGAAGUUACCAGGAGUGUACACCAACACAACCACGUUCUUAUGUUUCAUCGAGAAGACUGUGUGGCCUGAAGAGCCAAACGAAUUUUUGACGUAUGUGUGCAUAUACGCUCAGAAGCAGGCAACUAACUCACUAAAGGAGAGAAGUCAAUUUGCUCCAAGGCAGUUCUCCUCCAAUGUGACCAUGAGCGUUUCUGUGUUUAUAGCUGCCAUAAUUCUCGCAGUAGGAACACAAGUCUUGACACAAAAUGAUUCGGAAUUAGACUACAAUUUUAUUUUUGAAGAAGACAAAAUAGUUCCGAUUCCAUUAGUGACAACAGAAAAGUCAAAUAAUACGCCUAAAGCAGUGGUUGCAACAACUACAAAUGUUCCUCAAGUUGCAAAACCAGGAGUAAGUGUGUCGGGAAUAGCACCUACACAUUUAAAUGGGUCCGAAAUAACAACAGAGAGUAGUAAUCUUACAUCCAAGAAAUUUGAUUUUGACGACUGGGAUCUCAUGAAUGAAAAUGAAACUAUGUACGAUGGAUUUAACCCAGAGGAAGUGGAGAAACUAAGAGCCCGAAAACGGACUAAAGCUCCGACUACCACCACCACACAACCACCCCCACGGUACACGACACCGUUGGUUUUGUUAGUGAUUGACGGAUUGGAUUUAGAGUCCGAGGAAAGCGAUCAGAAAACCACGCCUCGUAUGACUCCUAGUACAACAAUAAGUACGAGUUCUACUCCUAGGAUUACAACUCCACCAGUUACAGAUGGAUCAGGUGGUGAGGAUGAUGAAAGAGCAGGUCCAGGUGACGACGGAGAAGGAAUACAACCUAUCACUGACGAACCUGACUACGAUUCUGAAGAAAAAAAAGAUGAUCCUUGCAAUUACGAGAAGUAUCCUCACCCACUUCCAAAUAUCAUUAGAACUAACAGAAGAGUCAGUGCCAUAAAAUGCGAGGAAUACAUGUGGCAUUACAAGAUCGAGGAGAUCGAUCGAGAAAGAAAUCGGUUAAAAUGCAAGGAAAAUUCGCCAGAUGAUACCUCAGAAAUUUUCGGAGGAGCAAAAGCCUUGCAGGGUGAUUUUCCGCAUAUGGGAGCUGUUGGCUGGGUAUCAUUAGAUGGGGGCAUGAAGUGGAUGUGUGGUAGCACCCUGAUCAGCCCAAUGUUUACCCUAACCGCUGCACACUGCAGGCUGGCUUCCAGAAGGAUGCCUCUGAAGUAUUUUGAUCCCAAAAUAGUUAGGUUCGGCAGCGUUUUCUUAUAUGACACUAACAGAACCAGAUAUAAGGAUGUAAAAAUAAAGGAAUUUUUGGUGAUGGACGAGUAUCGAAAGAAUCCGCUUCAGAAGUACAAUGAUAUAGGAUUGAUAAGAUUGGAGGAGGAAGUUAAAAUGACCCUGACCAUUCGACCUGCUUGUCUGUGGAGCGGAUAUUUGGUUGGUGAGGUGGCCAACAUUACUGGAUGGGGCAAAGUAACCACUAACGAAGAUUCGGCAUCGAAAUAUCUCAGAUAUGCCGAGGUGGAUGUCUAUGGUGUAGACACUUGCAAGAAGUACGUUCGUGGAAGAAACAAUAGAAAAUGGCCGAAGGGUCUGGUGGAGCACCAGUUUUGCGCCGGAAAACUAGAGGGAGGCAUCGAUGCCUGUCAGGGCGAUUCCGGAGGUCCACUGCAGAUCAGACAACCCAUGCCUAUGGAUAAUACCCACAUUUUCCACUACGUCGCCGGGAUCACCAGUUUCGGCAUCAAAUGCGGGAUACCAAACCUGCCUGGCGUGUACACCAAUGUCUCCCAUCAUAGCUUCAUGUGCUGGAUCGAGAAGACCGUGUGGCCUGAAGAGAAGAACGACUUUUGCUAGGUUUAACCGACAGAAAAAAGGUCAUGUACGACGACGACCGCACAUCAAGGUAAUCAAUCAAUUUGAAGUCUUAAGUAGUUGUAAUUGGAGCGAAUUUCCACAAACAAUUCUAUCUGAUGUGCUGUAGUCUUGUGCAAUUUCGCAAAUUUGUCUAAAUGCUGCUGAAAAGAUCUAUGUUAAUAAAAUAAAUGUAAACUGUAA